CGCUGUUAACGAGUAAAUAACAAAGAAAUAAGUUAUAUUUUUGUCAAAAUUAUUACAUUAAUAAGAGAACAUAUAUCAAUAACUAUUCGUAUUUAAUUUACUCGUAAUAACGUUAUUGUAGAAUUAUUAAUUUCUAAUAAAGAUAUAGUAAGUCUAUAUGGAUUAUGGAGAAGAUGAUGUUCGAACACCACUUAUUGAAUCACAGAAAGAACAUAAGAAUCAUAGAGGAUGGAUUCCAACAAGGAUAUUAAUAUGCUUAAUGAUGUUCACCUGUUGUUGGACCAGUUACAUGUGUCGUUUGCAAAUGCCUAUAUUAGCGGUACCAAUGAUCAAGGCUCUUCCAAGUGAAGCUGUAAGCGGUGCUUGUGUGAGUGAUGCUGAACGUCAUCGAAGAUCUCUUCUAAUAUUCGAACCGGUUGAUUUUAUUGAAGAAUUUAACUUGAUUGGAAGAUUGAAUUUCCACGAAUCUGAAAAUAUUGAUGUGGAAGAUGGAGGCGAACGUAUUCGUCGACAAACAGAUGAUAUAGUCGAGCAACAAAUUCGACCUUCACAUUUUGAACUUUUUAAUGGAUUACCUUUUGAUUGGAGUCCUCAAAUUCGCGGGCAAUUAAUAGCCGCUUACAGUUACGGAGUUGUUCCUGGAAGUUUCAUCGGUGGUUUGAUGUCCUUAAGAUGGGGUCCCAGACGUGCGGUUCUUUGGACGUCCAUAUUAGCGGCCUCUAUAUGUCUAAUCAGUCCUUUGAUCGCGCAAAUCCAUUGGAGUGCUCUUUUAAUCGCUAGAAUUAUUAUAGGAAUUACAGGAGGUGUCACUUUCCCAGCUUGUCACACAUUAGUCGCCAAAUGGGCACCUCCUAAUGAACGAGCGCGUUUUGUUUGGUCUCUUUUAGGUGGUACGUUUGGUACUAUCUUUACGUAUCCCAUGGUUGCUGCUAUCGCUGAUUAUAUAAAUUGGGAAUCUGCAUGGUAUAUACCUUCCUUGUUGAUGUUUGUAUGGAUAAUUUUUUGGGCAUUGUUAACCUAUGAUUCACCUACGGAACAUCCGGGUAUAAGCGAAGAGGAAAAAGAGUAUAUUUUAAAUGCUCAGGCUGGAAUAGUCAAAAUGCAAAAACCUACGUUAAAGCAAACACCGUUAAAAAAGAUAUUUACUUCGAUUCCGUUCCUCAGUCUUAUUGCUUGCCACUUCGGCAAUCUUUUUUUACUCUACUUCUACCAAAAUUCGUUGAUGUUGUAUAUGACGAAAGCACUAGGUUUCCAACUUACCAAAGGUGGUGCCGCUGCUGGUCUUCCUUGGGCAGGAAGAAUGCUAUUUGGCUUUUUUUUCUGUUGGGCCGGUGAUACUAUUAAAAAGAAGGAAAUUAUGAGUAUCACUAAUCUUCGAAAAGCUGCGACUGUAUUUUCUCACCUAUUACCAGGAAUCUUUCUAAUAUUAGUUGGUUAUGCUGAAUGCUCUUUAUUUCUCGCUAACAUAUUUUUGUUCCUUGCAUUGGGUUUCAACGGAGCAGCAAGUAUAGCGAAUCUCUCAAAUAAUCAAGAUAUCUCUCCUAACUUUGCCGGUUUUUUAUAUGGUAUUAUGAAUACUAUUGGCAGUACUGCCGGAAUGAUAAUACCAGUGUUGGUGGAAGAAAUAGCAGGCAAACAUGGGAAUCCAAUUAAUAGGUGGCAAGUAUUAUUUUGGAUUGGUGCUGCUGUAUGCAUUUUGAGCAUGAUUAUCUUUCUUGUUGGUGGGAGUGGAGAAAUACAGAAAUGGAAUGAAAUCGAACAAGAUGCAGAUACGGAGGAAACAAGGGCAGAAGGUGCAAGGACAUAGAGAUAGAUUUUCAAUAUUUUUUAAUCGAAAGAAUGGAAUCGGAGAAAAAAAAAUGUUGAUAUAAAACCAAUGUUACUUUAAUUGGUACAAUAUUAUAUUAUACAAUCAACAUUUUAUAUAAAUUAUAAAAAUGUUU